GAGUGCGGCGGGGAGGGCUGGGCCAGGGAGCGGCCGAGAGGAGCGAGAAGCCGGUCACUCUGUGGAGGGUCCCUUCACUUCCGCUCGCGGCCCCUACAGUGCCUGUUUCGCUGCUGAGACAAUGACCUUUGACCCCAGAAGGAGCUGACCCCGAUGCCUCCAGCUGCUUCGUGAGACUUUGCUCUCAGCUUGUUCCCUUCCCUGGGUGGCCGUUAGCCAGCCCAGCCCAGCCCAGGGGAGAGGGCGUGGGGCCGGACCUGUGAGGCGGAUUAGAAGACCAGGUGGUGACCCGGAAGGGUCCGACGGGCUUCAGCUCAUCUUUCACAAAGAAUCAGUGAAGCUACUGUGUUUUUUUCGGAGUUCCAUGAUGCAAGCCAGGGAAACGAACCUGUGCUCGGGCAGGUGUGGGGAAGAAAUAAGGGAAGAGAAAACUGGUUCUCUGGAAAGCGAGACCUGUCAGAAGUUGAGGAAGGCUGCUUCUGGAGAAUGGGGAAGUAGAUACUUGGGCCAAGCCCGAAGAAAUGUUUCUGGACGGUCAGACCCUCCUCAGCUGUUCCUUCCCAGAAAGUUUUAGCCCAAUUCUGUAACCAUGGCACAAGUAGAGAAACGGGGAGGGUUGCUCCGGAAAUCUUCAGCCUCGAAAAAGCCACUGAAGGAAAAGGUGGUGCUGAUGUAUGAUGAGAUCUUCAUGAUAGAGGACCCCAGUAAGUGCAGUCCUCGGUUUUGGGAGGAGCUCUUCCUCAUGAAGGUGAAUUUAGAGUACUUAGAAGGCAAGCUAGAAUCUCUUGAUGGUGAGGAGCUAAUGAAGAUCAAGGACAAUAUUAAUUGCUUAUUUCAACACUGUAUCCAGGCUCUUGGAGAGGAGCAUCCUAUUCGAGUUGUCAAUGCAUUGCAGACCUUGUGUGCACUCAUUCGAGGAGUCCAUCAGAAGAAUAAGUCUACCUCUGGGUUUGAUAUUAUCAACAUGCUGAUGGGCUUUGACAAGGCGGAGCUGUGCAUGAAGAACUUGAUGGAGAGUUUGGAUUCGUUGCUUUGUGCAGAAGGUUCUGAAAGUCUGAAGAGUUUGUGUUUGAAACUUCUCCUUUGCUUAGUGACAGUGACAGAUAACAUCAGCCAGAACACUAUCCUGGAGUAUGUAAUGAUCAAUAGCAUAUUUGAAGCAAUUUUACAGAUACUCUCCCAUCCACCAAGUCGUAGGGAGCAUGGGUAUGAUGCUGUUGUCCUCUUGGCUUUGCUGGUCAACUACAGAAAAUAUGAGUCUGUGAAUCCUUAUAUUGUGAAGCUGUCCAUUGUGGAUGAUGAAGCCACACUCAAUGGAAUGGGGCUUGUAAUUGUGCAGGCAUUGUCUGAAUACAACAGGCAAUAUAAAGACAAAGAAGAAGAACACCAGAGUGGUUUUUUCUCUGCUUUAACAAACAUGGUGGGCAGCAUGUUCAUAGCAGAUGCCCAUGAAAAAAUCUCAGUACAAACCAAUGAGGCCAUUCUUCUGGCUCUUUAUGAAGCUGUUCAUUUAAAUCGCAACUUUAUCACAGUGUUAGCCCAGAGUCAUCCAGAAAUGGGCUUGGUGACGACCCCUGUCAGUCCUGCUCCAACAACCCCAGCCACACCACUUGGGACCACACCGCCCUCUUCUGAGGUUAUAAGUUCUGUGGAACUCCCACUGGAUGCAGAUGUACAGACCAGUAAUCUACUGAUAACCUUUUUAAAGUAUAGCUCAAUUGUCAUGCAAGACACCAAAGAUGAGCACCGGCUUCACAGUGGUAAACUCUGUCUGAUUAUCCUUACAUGUAUUGCAGAGGAUCAGUAUGCCAAUGCAUUUUUGCAUGACGACAACAUGAAUUUUCGAGUAAACUUACAUAGAAUGCCUAUGAGACAUAGGAAGAAGGCAGCAGACAAAAACCUUCCUUGCCGUCCUUUAGUGUGUGCAGUACUGGACUUGAUGGUGGAGUUUAUUGUAACACAUAUGAUGAAGGAGUUUCCUAUGGAUCUCUAUGUACGUUGCAUUCAGGUAGUGCAUAAACUGCUUUGCUACCAGAAGAAGUGUAGAGUACGCCUGCAUUACACCUGGCGGGAACUCUGGUCAGCCUUGAUCAAUUUGCUGAAGUUCCUUAUGUCAAAUGAGACUGUACUUUUGGCCAAACACAACAUUUUUACGUUAGCCCUUAUGAUUGUGAACCUAUUUAAUAUGUUUAUCACAUAUGGAGACACAUUCCUGCCCACCCCCAGCAGCUAUGAUGAACUCUAUUAUGAGAUUAUCCGCAUGCACCAGAGCUUUGACAACCUCUACUCCAUGGUGCUGAGGCUUUCCACCAAUGCAGGCCCGUGGAAGGAAGCGGCUAGCAAGGUGACCCAUGCGUUGGUUAAUAUCAGAGCCAUCAUCAACCAUUUUAACCCCAAAAUUGAAUCCUAUGCUGCUGUGAAUCACAUAUCCCAACUGUCGGAGGAGCAGGUGCUGGAAGUAGUGCGAGCCAACUAUGACACACUCACACUGAAGCUGCAGGAUGGCCUGGACCAGUACGAGCGCUACUCAGAGCAGCACAAGGAGGCAGCCUUCUUCAAAGAGCUGGUUCGAUCCAUUAGCACCAACGUCCGGAAGAACCUGGCCUUCCACACCCUCAGCCAAGAGGUCCUACUCAAGGAGUUCUCCACUAUCUCCUGAGGCCAUGCCCACCUGAGCAACCACUGACUGCCCUUCCCAUGAGGCUCCUGGGGUGGAGGAGGAGUGAGGGAAGAGGGGCCUGCCCCCAAAGUUAGAAUCACAGAUACCAAGUUCUGUCCGUGAAGGCCGCACUUCAGUGGAGCACGGACAAGUAGGGGCAAGCCAGGGAUAAUCUUAUUUGGGGAGGGAUGGGUGGGAGCAGGGAGAGGCCUCCAAGAAUGUGGGGACUUCCAAGGUGGGCUCCUUGGACACUCCCAUCACAUUUCCCGUUGAGAUUACAAAUUGUAGCCACUGACUAAGUUCCGGGAGCUGGAGGAGCAAGCCUCAGGAUGAUGCCACCACCCUGAGGGUCAGUGGCUUUCCCAGCCUUCUGAAAAAAAGACCAACUCUCAGAUGAAGACGGAGCCACAUCCUACUUUGGGGCCUGGGGCUGAGCUGGGCUUGAAAUCUCUGUCCCCUACCCCCAUUGGCAUUCUGACCAGUCAGUAGGACUCCUAGCUCAAGCUUAGGGUGGGGAAGGAGAGGAGUGACUUCUAUUUUCUAGGUCCAGAGCUGACUUCUCUGGGAAAUUGGAGAUUAGAAUUUGCCCAGUGCUCUGCUUUCCAGCUUCCAGUUUCUAGAUUUGAGUUUUGGACACCAGGAGCACCUGUUGAAUGCUCCUGCCUUCCAAACCACUGUUAAUUUAUCAGCACAAUAGGGUCGCAACCUUAGCUUUUCAUUUUCAACUUCUUUUAAACUGUGUUUAGGGUGUGUAUGUGAAAUAAACAUUGACAGGUUUUCUGGAGCCCUCAGGUGCCUACUUUGCUGGUUGCCUUUCCAGCAGCUUCCCCGUCUCCCUAGCACCACCUCCUCUGGGAACCUCUCCUGCCUCUGCAGCUUCCCUCCACGUGUUCCGCCCCCUCACCCGGCUGUUGUUUACAUCCAGCCUGCCUGAGAAUUUCCUCUGGGGAGAAAUCCAUUUCUGCUGUGGUCUGGUGCCUGGGAGGGAGAGAACCUGAUGGGGGCAGGGUGCCCUCCAUCUGAAAGAGGCCAAAGUGAGCAUCAUGGAUAAGACCUCUAUUCUGCCUCACCUAUGCUGGAUGGAGCCACAGGCAAGUCUCCUAAUCUUUGGGAAGUUGGCCUGCGGUUCCUCCUUUGAAUAGCAUUCAUGGGACCACUGUCAGUUUUCCCUUCCCACAGCUACCUCAGAAGUAGCUGCUGCUCUGAGAUCCUUCCUUUCUAAAAAGCACUUUCUAAAGCCCUCGGGAUGGCAGGGAGCAAACAGCACAGGAAGAAUCCAGGUGCAGAAACCCAGCAGUGAGAGCAGGUCUGGGACAUCCUCUGCUGCUGUUCCACUCGGCCUCAAGAAUCUCUUUGGGUUACUUGUCCUCCCCGGGAACCAGAAUUCUGGCUCCAACAUUGAGCAGAUCUGCACUGAUUCUACAGAAGCCACCAAUGUGCUACCAUAUGUAGGAUAGAUACCUAAGAGUGCAAGGCCUGGAUCAUCUCUGAUCGCUAGAUGGCUAGCUCAGCUGGGGGCAAUUAAUGUUUUCCAGGGUGAUAAACCCCAGAGGAACUGGAGCUGGAGGCAAGUUGAAAUUAUUAAACAGUGAUUUGUAUGGGACGGUCUUUUUAGUGUCUGUUUUAUUUCUUAACCUCUGUCUCCUAGA